GAAGGUUGUGUAUUUAUUUAGAAUAAAUAAAAAUAAUAAAAUUACAAAUUAAAUAAUAAAAAUAUUUUAAUAAUACAAAAAAAAAUAUUAAAAAUAAAAUGCCCACUACUUGUACCUUUGAAUUGGAUCGUUUAAAUCCAAUUUAUUCUUCUGGUGAAUAUGUUAAUGGACGCAUUAUACUUAAAACCGAUAAAAUCAAACGAGUAAAUUCUGUCUAUGUUACACUGGAGGGCGAGGCCAAAGUUCAAUGGUCCAUUAGUGGCAAAGAAACGGCCAGUUAUUGUGGUCGUCAACAGUAUUUGUAUUCACGUGCCAAUGUUUUCGAUAACUCCGAUUUUGCUGCCGGUAAACAUGUUUACGUUUUAACUUUACGCAUACCACCCGACUGCCCAUCAUCCGUUAAGGGUCCUUAUGGUUAUAUAGCUUAUAAUAUUUCUGUGGUCAUCGAUAAACAGCGGAGUUUUGAUGAAGUCUUCCGAAAGCCUAUAUGUGUAAUACAGACCUUGGAUUUAAAUUUUCAUCCGGAAUAUUCGCUACCGGUUAAAGAGGAAAACGUCAAAUAUCUCUGCCAAUGGCCAUGUACAUCGGGACCACUAUGUUUUACAUUAAUGCUACCUUACUCGGGCUUUAUACCCGGACAACAUGUAAAAUAUUUUCUCGAACUAGACAAUCAGUCGCCACACUAUGACAUUAUGGGCGUAGAAGCCUCACUAAAACAGCAUUAUGUAUUUUUGGCGCGUAAACCAGUAAAACGUAAUUUCUAUACAAAAUCUUUGGCAAAGAGUUCAAUCGUUGAGCGUACAUUGCGCUUGACCAAACGUUUGUAUGAGGGUAAUGUUUACAUACCAACCGAUACACCAAGGUCAACUUUAAAUCUCAACUAUAUUGUGUUCAUACAUUAUACAUUACAAGUUAAACUAAAAACGGGUGCUUUUCAUCAUGAUACGGAUAUUUCAGUGCCUGUGGUCAUUGGCACAGUGCCAUUGAGGCAAUUCGAAGAGGAACAGAGAAUAAUGCAACGUAACUUUAAUCGUGAUUGUAAUUUGUGCAGUGGCAGUACGUUGGGUGGCAGUUUGGUAACAUCACAGCCAACCUUGCGUUUGCGACAGGAAUUGGAGAAUUUAAUGGGUUCACAGGAUAUGGAAGAGGCGGAAUUAAAUCGGGCGGUGGAAAAGAUGUUGGAAGAUGAACCGCCAUCAUAUGAUAGUUGCUUACCGCCUUCCUUUAGUUUUGCCACCACUUUUGGUAGUUUCAAGCAACAGGCCUUAGAAGUGGCCGAACUUAAGGCUGAAGAAAAUCGUCGUAUUAACAUACAACUGCCACAAUUUCCCGGCUAUAAUACCUUUAAUUCUCAUACUCAGGCUCCGAGUCAAUCUAAUGAUUCUUUGUUACAAUCGGGUAAUAUUUAUAAUUCAUAUGGUUCUAUAUAUACAGACCACACGGGAAGAUCUUUAGAUACCCUGGAUGUUUUAAGUUGUAGUGGUGCUGUUGUCGAGGAUAUAGAAGCAAACGAAUGCGAACGUGUAGCUUGUAAGCAGUCCAGUAAUAGUGACAUUGUGGCUAGAGUUAUGGCCGCGGUUAGUGAAAAUGCUGGUCAGGCUGAUAUUGAAUCGAUUGCAGAGACUGAGGAUUAUAAUGAUAAUGAUUUAGAAUCAUUAGGAUUUUCCGAUGAAAGUGUACAGCUUGAAAUUGACAAUUAGUGUGGUGAGAAAUUGAAUUAGUAACUGAAACAAAAUAAAUCAGGUAUAGUUUUAUAGUUAUAUGAAAACAAGUUAUUAAAAAAACCAUAUUAGCCAUAAUAUAGAGUCAAAAUUGCAGUAUUUGUGAAAUUUAAACACGUCCGUCCAUAUUGUGCUUUGCUAAGAUUAAAAUUUCAAUCUGAGAAUUGAGAUGAUUUUCGGACUAUUACAAUUUGAACGAAUUAAAAAGGUUAAAAAUCGGCCCAUGAUUUCACACACCAUCUCCUUACAAAUCCCCUUCUAAAAUAUCGUAUUACGAAAAUCGGAAAAUCUAAAUUCUAAGAAUUCCUUUAAACUUUAAAAAUUUCUUAUUUUUACGAUUUUGAGAUCGAUAAAUAAAUAAACCAGGACGCCAUACGUCUCCUUAAAAAGUCCAAAAAAGGAGAGUAUCAUGUCUAAGCAUGGUUCGAAUAUAAUUUUUUUAAAACUUCUCACAUGACUCGAGACUAUUCUGCUUAUUUUAUCAAAUUUGUAAAAUGUAAAGAAAUAUAGUAUUGUACAAUAUGGAAGCUUAUGACCAAUUGCAGAUAAUUUUAUUUAAAUUAUAUUAAAAAUUGUACAAACUACUAAUAACUCUUAUA